AUGGACAUGUCAGACAUGUCAACGACAAUGUCCAUGGCGACAACAACGGGCAUGUCCAUGGCAACAUCAACCUCAUCAUCCAUGUCCGGCAUGUCAGGCAUGUCCGACAUGUCCAUGUCAAUGGCCGACAUGGCAAUGACCUUCUUCGUCUCCUUCAAAACACCUCUCUUCUCCACCGAGUGGACACCGGGCACGCAAGGCCAGUACGCCGGUACAUGCAUCUUCAUCAUUGCGCUAGCCGUUAUCAUGCGCGUUCUUCUGGCCGUCAAGCCGAUCCUCGAGGGUCGCUUGUGGACGGAUAGCAUUCACGAUCACAUACUUCAUGAUCAUUCGAACCUUGAAGCUGGCAAGUCAGCUCGGGCUCCCUCCGGGGUCCGGAUGAGUGCGCAGGAGAUCGGGAGCCGGUGGGCAUCGUGGCGUGUGAACCCUGCUGCUGGUCGGGCGACAUAUGAGGUUGUUCUUGCUGGUAUCGCUUAUCUAUUGUGA